UCCCAGCUGCCCUCACUGUUCCAGUUCCCGCUCGUCGCGAUCCUGAGCUUCUCCAUCUCCUCGUUGGGCUAUUCAUUCAUCAACGAGUUCACGAGAGGCGAGCUGGCGACGGUCAUGCGCACCCUCGAGACGCCGCGCGAGGUCGGCACCAUGGCGGCCUGGAGGCUGACGGAGCUUGCGCUGGGCUGGUUCGCCCACUUUGACUCGAUCGACCUGGCGGCGCUGAAUUUGUUGUCGCACAGCCCAACUUUCUACCUGAUGACGGCUUUCUACAGCCUCAGCCCCAAGACCGCCGUUGCCGGUCUCGCCGUCGAUGUCGUUGCGAGCUUCGUCCCAUUCCUCCUGCUGCGCCCGCUCUCUGGCGCACACAAGGCCACAUCCUCCACUCCGAACCGCGAGAUUAUUGCCGACCGGUUGAUCUCGGUGCUGUCCACCCUGCUGGCGAGCUUCAUCUACAACGUCGUGCUGUUCCUGUCAUACAAGAUCUAUCUGCGCCCCGCUUUUGUCCUGCACUUUGAAGGUAUCCACACCGUCGAGCCAGCGCAGGCUGCUCUGGUCAUCUUGACGACGCUGGCCCUUGUGUCCGGCAUCGCAGCACGGAGCUUCAUCUUCACGCCCCUGGCCGCCACAGGCCGCACGGACCAGGACGAGAAGGCGGCGCGGUUCGACCCUGUGGAGGCUACCCUGGGAGAGACUCUGUGGUGGAACAUCUGGGGCUACACUACGCAGACUAAGGUCGGAAUCGUGAGGACUGCUGUUUUGGUGGCUGUGACGGGUAUCAACACCUAUCUGCAAUGCGACUUGACCGUCAGUGGGGUCGAAAGCAGUGGUGCCGCAGCAUACGCAUCGGUGUGGGCACUCGCAGCAUUCUUCACUGGCGUGGGCUUGAGUUUCGUGGGUGAGGACUAA